GGCGGCGGCGCGGCCCGGCCCGCUCAAGAUGGCGGUGCGGAAGAAGGACGGCGGCCCCAACGUCAAGUACUACGAGGCCUCGGACACCGUCAGCCAGUUCGACAACGUGCGGCUGUGGCUCGGCAAGAAUUACAAGAAGUACAUCCAGGCCGAGCCCCCCACCAACAAAUCGCUGUCGAGCCUGGUGGUGCAGCUGCUGCAGUUCCAGGAGGAGGUGUUCGGGAAGCACGUCAGCAACGCGCCCCUCACCAAGCUGCCGAUCAAAUGCUUCCUGGAUUUCAAGGCGGGGGGAGCCCUGUGCCACAUCCUGGCAGCCGCCUAUAAAUUCAAGAGCGACCAAGGAUGGCGGCGUUUCGAUUUCCAGAAUCCCUCGCGCAUGGACCGCAACGUGGAGAUGUUCAUGACCAUCGAGAAAUCCCUGGUGCAGAACAACUGCCUGGCUCGGCCCAACAUCUUCCUGCACCAGGAGAUCGAGCCCAAACUGCUGGGGAAGCUCAAGGACAUCGUCAAGAGGCACCAGGGCACCGUGACCGAGGACAAGAGCAACGCGUCGCACAUCGUCUGCCCCGUGCCCGGGAACCUGGAGGAAGAGGAGUGGGUCCGGCCCGUCAUGAAGCGCGACAAGCAGGUUCUGCUGCACUGGGGGUACUACCCCGACAGCUAUGACACCUGGAUCCCAGCCAGCGAGAUCGAGGCGUCCGUGGAGGAUCCCCCGACCCCGGAGAAGCCCCGCAAGGUCCAUGCCAAGUGGAUCCUGGACACGGACACGUUCAAUGAGUGGAUGAACGAGGAGGAUUACGAGGUGACGGACGAGAAGAGCCCCGUCACCCGCAGGAAGAAAAUCUCGGCCAAGACGCUGACAGAUGAGGUGAACAGCCCCGACUCAGACCGGCGGGACAAGAAGGGCGGCAACUACAAGAAGAGGAAGCGCUCGCCCUCGCCCUCGCCCACCCCCGAGGCCAAGAAGAAAAACGCCAAGAAGGGACCCUCCACCCCUUACAACAAAUCCAAGCGCGGGCACCGCGAGGAGGAGCAGGAGGACCUGACCAAGGACAUGGAUGAACCCUCGCCUGUCCCCAACGUGGAGGAGGUCACCCUGCCCAAAACAGUCAACACCAAGAAGGACUCGGAGUCGGCGCCCGUCAAGGGGGGCACCAUGACAGACCUGGAUGAGCAGGAGGAUGAGAGCAUGGAGACAGCGGGCAAGGACGAGGAGGAGAACGGCACGGGCAGCAAAGGGGAGCAGGCCAAGAACCCCGACCUGCACGAGGACAACGUGACGGAGCAGACCCACCACAUCAUCAUCCCCAGCUACGCCGCCUGGUUCGACUACAACAGCGUCCACGCCAUCGAGCGCCGCGCCCUGCCCGAGUUCUUCAACGGCAAAAACAAAUCCAAGACGCCCGAAAUAUACCUGGCGUACCGGAAUUUCAUGAUCGACACGUACCGGCUGAACCCGCAGGAGUACCUGACCAGCACGGCGUGCCGCAGGAACCUGGCCGGGGACGUGUGCGCCAUCAUGCGGGUCCACGCCUUCCUGGAGCAGUGGGGUCUCAUCAACUACCAAGUGGACGCCGAGAGCCGCCCCACCCCCAUGGGCCCCCCACCCACCUCUCACUUCCACGUGCUGGCCGACACCCCCUCGGGGCUGGUUCCUCUGCAACCCAAGACCCCCCAGGGCCGGCAGAGCGACGGCGACGCCAAGACGGGCCGCAAGAGCAAAGAGAUGGAGGAGCUGGUCAGCGAGAGCCUCAAGGGCAAGCCGGAGCUGCAGCCGAGCUCGGCCUCGCAGCAGAUGUUGAAUUUCCCCGAUAAAGGCAAGGAGAAGCCGGCGGACAUGCAGAACUUCGGGCUGCGCACCGAUAUGUACACCAAGAAGAACGUCCCGUCCAAGAGCAAAGCGGCCGCCAGCGCCACGCGGGAGUGGACGGAGCAGGAGACGCUGCUGCUGCUGGAGGCGCUGGAGAUGUACAAGGACGACUGGAACAAGGUGUCGGAGCACGUGGGCAGCCGCACGCAGGACGAGUGCAUCCUGCACUUCCUGCGCCUGCCCAUCGAGGACCCGUACCUGGAGGACUCCGAGGCGUCCCUGGGCCCCCUGGCCUACCAGCCCAUCCCCUUCAGCCAGUCUGGGAACCCCGUGAUGAGCACCGUGGCCUUCCUGGCCUCCGUGGUGGAUCCGCGCGUGGCCUCGGCCGCCGCCAAAUCGGCCCUGGAGGAAUUCUCCAAGAUGAAGGAGGAGGUGCCCACGGCGCUGGUCGAGGCCCACGUGCGCAAGGUGGAGGAGGCGGCCAAGGUGACGGGCAAGGCUGACCCCGCCUUCGGGCUGGAGAGCAGCGGCAUCGCCGGCACCGCCUCGGACGAGCCCGAGCGCAUCGAGGAGAGUGGGGCCGAGGAGCCGCGGGCGGAGGCGCCGCCGGCCGAGGAGAAGAAGGAGGCGAAGGAGCCUCGGGAUGGCAGCAGCGAGGAGGAGGGCAAGGAGAAAGCCGGGGAGACCCCCAAGAAGGAGGAGGAGAAGGGGAAGGAGGCGGAGGGAGAGAAGGAGGCUGAGAAGGGCGACGGUGACAGCACAGGUGAGCCCGAGAAGGAGAAGGAGGUGAAGGAAGGGCCGGAUGAGACCCCCAAGGAGCCCCCGGAGCCCGAGGCCGAGCGCAAGGCCAAGGUGGAGCGGGACAUCGGCGAGGGGAACCUGUCCACAGCCGCUGCUGCUGCCCUGGCUGCUGCUGCCGUCAAGGCCAAGCACCUGGCCGCCGUGGAGGAGCGCAAGAUCAAAUCCCUGGUGGCUCUGCUGGUGGAGACGCAGAUGAAGAAGCUGGAGAUCAAACUGCGGCACUUCGAGGAGCUGGAAACCAUCAUGGACCGCGAGCGCGAGGCCCUGGAAUACCAACGCCAGCAGCUCCUGGCCGACCGCCAGGCGUUCCACAUGGAGCAGCUGAAAUACGCGGAGAUGCGGGCGCGGCAGCAGCACUUCCAACACCUGCAGCAGCAGCAGCAGCAGCAGCAGCCCCCGCUGCCCCCCGGGGCUCAGCCCCUGCCCGCCGCAGCCCCCCUGGCCCCCGCUGCCCACCCGCUGGUGCCCCCCGCCCCCUCCAUGGUGGGCACGGCCGAGCCCGUGGGGCAGCCCCUGCCCGGAGCGCCCCCGCCGCAGCCAGCGCCGCCCCCCGGAGCUCCGGCGGUGCCACACGCCCCAGCUCCGUUCCCCGGGCCGCAGCCGCCGCCGUCGCAGAUCCUGGCGGGCAGCCUGGGCGGCACCAACCCCACCAACACCACCAACACCAUCAACAUCAACAUCCCCAACAGCAGCAGCAGCAGCAGCGGCAGCAGCAGCAGCGGCCACCCCGCCGUGCCCGGUAAUGCCAGCGCGGCCCUGCCCUUCGGCGUGCCCCCGAGCAUGGCUAACCCUCCCUGCGAGCCCUUCCCCGCUAACCCGGCCCCCCUCCCGCUGCAUGGGGCCCUGGCCAGCAGCAUGCCGGGGGUGGGGGGGCUGCCCCCCAACGCCCACCCAGCCGGGCUGGCCCUGCCGCCGCUGCCGGGGGGCUCGGCCGCCGCGCACAGCCCCGCCAUCGUGGCCGCCGUGCAGGGAAACCUCCUUCCCAACCUGGCAGAGCAAGGUCCCCCCCUGCAGCCGGAGCCCAUCGUGCCCACCCCCAGCGCGGCCACCCCCGUGCCCCCCACGCAGUGAGAGCCGGGCCGGACCCCCCCGGAGCC